AUGACGACCGCUAACGCGGAUAAUUGGAAGGCCCAUUGGAAGGUGUUCCUGGCCUGUGGUGUCAUGAUCCUUUCGCCCUUCCAGUAUGGUGUCGAUUUCGGGUUGAUCGGAGGUCUCCAGGCCAUGGUGGGCUUCCUGAAGAUCUUCGGCUACGAAGACCCUAAGGUUCCAAAUGGCUGGAACAUCCAGACCACCCGACAACAGCUCAUCUCCUCCCUCAUGACCCUCGGCGCCUUCAUCAGCUCCGGUCUCGCCGGCGUCGCCGCUGCCAAGCUCGGCCGUAGGCACUGCCUCUGGCUCGCCUGUCUGCUCUGUGCCGUCUCGAAUAUUAUCAUGAUGACCACCACAUCCAUUGGUGCCCUCUACGCCGGCCGAUUCCUGAUCGGUUUGGCCAACGGUUACUUCAUGACUUUCUCUCAGCUUUACAUCCAGGAGUCUAGCCCUGCGAAGUAUCGUGGACUGUUCCUCACGGUGUUUCAGUUCUUCACCUCCGUUGGCACCCUCGUCGGCACCAUCAUCGAUUGGGCUACCGCUAAACGCCCCGACAAGUCUUCCUACCUCAUCCCCCUCGGUAUCAUCUACGUCGUGCCUACCUUCCUCACCGUUGCCAUGUUCUUCAUCCCCGAGUCCCCCCGCUGGCUCAUCCUCCAGGACAAGUACGAAGACGGCGUCAAGUCCCUCAGCUGGCUCCGCCCUGUCGGCUGGGAUGCCGAGGGCGAAGCCCGCGAGAUCAAGUCCGCCAUCGAGAAGGAGAAGGAAACCACCAGCGGCGUCGGUAUCUGGGAUAUGUUCAGGGACCCCGUCGACAGGAGGCGUACCAUCCUGGCCGUCUGCGCCGUGACGCUCCAGGCUGCUUCGGGCUCUAUGUUCAUCAUUGCGUACAAGGCGUACUUCCUCACCAUGGCCAAAGUCAGCGACCCGUUCGCCAUGAGCAACGUCCUGAGCACCAUUGGCAUCAUUGCCAUUCUUCUUAACUCGCUCAUCGUCGUGCGCUACGGCCGUCGCCGUGUGCUCCUUGCCACUGGUCUCUUGGGCUGUUGUAUCCUUCAGCUCAUUAUUGCUAUCGUGUACCACAAGAACCCUGGUACCUCGACUACCGGCAAGGUCGUUGUCGCUCUAUCUUGCCUGUACAUGAUGAGCUACAACGGUAUGAUUGCCCCCUACGCCUGGUUGGCCGGUGGUGAGAUCCCCUCUCAGCGUCUCCGAUCCUAUACCUUCGGUCUCGCCGCCGCCGUCGGUUUCUUCGGCGCCUGGCUCACCACCUUCACGGCCCCCUACUUCAUUAACCCCAGUUCCCUCAACUGGGGUCCCCGAUAUGGCUUCAUCUGGGCACCUUCCUGCAUCAUUGCCGCCGUCUGGGUCUACUUCUUCCUCCCUGAACUCAAGGGUAGGACCCUUGAGGAGAUCGAUGAGAUGUUCUACGCCAAACUCCCUGCUCGCAAGUUCAGGACUUACAUCUGUACCGGCACGAGCUCUUCCGAGAGCGAGAAGAAGAGCAUCGAGGUCGAGACCAUGGAGAAGGUCUAA